GUAAUACUUAAAUGACCAUUAUAGUACCUACUCAUGAAAUUCCGACUACUUUUAUAGUUUGUUAGCUAACUAAAAACAAACACUGCCCUACUUCAUUGUAGAAAGUUUUCUCAUGACGUCAAAUACUUUAGUACAUCAACAAAUGAUAAGUAGUCGAUUACUUUUUGUCAACAUAUUUAUUAUUGUUUUAAGAGUUUAAUAUUUAUUAAUGAUUACAACAAAAUUUUUUUUAUUUAAAUAAUACAUUUUGCAGUUAUAAUUUCGUGCAAACUGUUAUUCUCUUAAUAUCCCAAAUUAAUUAAGUGAAUGAUUGAAAUGAAAACUGAAGUUAUCUACUUAAUUACUUAACUAAACAUAACCUAAGAUUAAUAAUUAAGAAUUUUAAGAACACUUUAGUGUAGUGUUUCUGAUCAUUACUAUAAUGAGGGCUAGUUACUUGGAGUAUCCAUUAUUUUUAUUCUGGGGAUAGCUUAAUUGGUUCAGUUGUCAAUAAUGAUAGUUGUCUUCAUUUUACCUGGAGGUUGUCAUCAUUAAGAAUAAAUGAAGAAUGAGUAAAGAAGAUGGAAAAACCUGUAAGGGUUCUCUCCCUGUGCUUUUUAUUUCAGCUAUUGUGUUGGUUAUACCCAGUGCUAGCAAGAGAUAAUGGUUGUCAUCUCAUUAGCUGUUUGAGAUGUGAUGAAAAUAAUUCUUCAAAAUGUACCAAAUGCAGUCAACUUGUUUUGAGGUCACAAGAUUGUGAUGAAAAAUCUUGUCCACCCGGUUAUUUUUCUCGCUGGACCUCACUUUCAGAUUAUAUGUCUUCUGCAUGUCUUGAAAACCCAGGUUCUAAUGGUCUUACUGGAGAAGUUGUUGGAGCUGCUGUUGGCAUAUUUCUUUGUUUAGGCACUGCUGUUGCUUUUGGAUUUUAUUGCAAGUACAUACAAAAGCGUAAAAGUAGUAAACAUCCUCCAUCUAUCACUCAUUCUACUCAGAGUCAGUACUUCAGUAGUGAAGAAAGUGAGCGUGAAGUUUUGGAAUAUCUUAGAGAAAUCAGAGAAUUAAGAAAAGAAGCUCCAAUUUUUUUAGAUAUGUUAAAUGAGACAAGACGCCAAGUCAGAGCCUUGCCUUCUUAUUCAGCUCUUCAGCCUUAUAGACCAGUGCUAAAAGAUCUCUCUCGAAUCCUUAUUCUUCUGAAUCGUCCUGAUGGAAGUUUGACACAUCCUCCUCCUGAUUGGGAAACAUUGCUUGCUUGGGCUCACCGAAUUCUUAAUAGAUACAAAAAGCAUCACUCCAAUCAUGUAAAUGAGUUGGUCAGCUUCUUUCAUGGAGAACCUAGCCAAUACGGUCUGUCUUCUUUUGAUUCAAACUACAAUACAAGGAAAAAAAUAAGUAAUGAAUUUCUUGAUUGGCAGACAAGUUCUCAAUUGGAUGACUUCAUAUCAUUAGGGUUCAGGCCACAAGAUGAAAUAACAACUGAACUCUAAAUUAAUUGGUUACCCAUUGUUAGUAUUUAAUUAUUUGUAUUAUAAAAAUUAAAAUAUCAUAUAAUAAAAAUGAAUUUAUUAAAAAUUAUUAGUUCAUGAUGUAUUUUUAUGGAUAAUUUUAUGUUAUACCAUAAGUAAUUCCCUUAUGAUACAAUUAUUACUUUAUUAAAAUAAUUAGUAAAUUAUAGAAUCUGCUUCAUUCAUAUAUCGAAUAUAUAUAUCUUCAUAUUAUAAAGUGUACUGAUAUAUAGUAAGAACCAUAAUACAGAAAACCAUUGCCAGGACCAUCAUAUGGGUUGUUACUGCCUAGGAUGAAAUUUUACCACUCUCCUCUCUUUCAAAUCAACUAGUUGUCUGUUUUCUCUUGUUUGCGAGUUAUAAUUAUUAAACCUAAAUAUACUUUACUGAUAAAUUUUGGGUUACUAGACAGCUUGUAAUUUCUUAAAUUGAAACUGAGGUUAGAAAUAUUAAUUUAUACUUGAUAACUUCUCACAUAUGAAUGUCUAAACGAAGAAGAAAAGAAAUGAGUUAGAAAUUGGAAUGUAGAUAGAAAUAAGUUUUCAAAUAGAUUAUGUAUUCUGUGUAUUUUUGUUCCUUUGUCCCAUUCCACAUGAUGGUUCUGGUCAUCAUUGCAAUAUUUACUUGGAUGUCAUUGUAGCAAUACUAAAAUUUAUACAAUCCUUUGUACAUAAAACUAAAAUUUUACCAUUUUUUUUUUUAAUAUUGGUAUUAUAAUUAUAUGUUUUAAAAAUGCUUCUAAUUUAUUUUAAUAUUGUGAUUAAGUAUUAAGAAAGAAACGUUUUUAAUGUAAUAACUUGUUUACAUACAGUCUGUAACAAAAUUUUGUAGACAGCUUUGCAUGUUCUGUGUUUUAUUUAGCAGUUGCAUGAAGCUCUGCCGUAAAUAAUCCAAGAAAAGUUUUAAGUGCUGAAAUCACUGAUCAUUUUUAAAUAUCUGUUAAAAAAUUAAAUACAUAUUUACAUGAUAUAAAAUUUUGCUUAAUAAUUGAAGGCGAAUAGUUGACAUAACAAAUUGUUUUGGACAUGUUUGUUUUUAAAAAAAAAGAACCACUCUACACAAUCUUAAAUUUGGUCUCUACUCAACCAACUACUAAUUUGAAAUGAAUAAAACAUGUUUGUAUCUUUCUAUUAUUUCAGUAAUGAUUUGAAUUUCUUACUGCCAAGAUGGGUUGAACAUUUUUUUAAAUAGAACAAAUAAUCAUUUUUAGUUAUAAAAAAAAAUUAAGGGACCAUAAAAUCAGUAGGAAAGUAUCCUCUAAAUAAAAGUACUGUAGCCCUUAUAUAAUUCAAAGGUACAAGUAUUAAGUUGAAUUGAUUUGAAGAGUUAUACUAGCCGUCCAAGAAUAUUGAGCAAUGGGAAUGACCUAUCAUAGCUCAGAAAAUUAAAAACUAACCCUUGAAAAAAUACUUCAGACUAUCUCACUAAAAUAUUUAGAAAAAUAAAAUAAUUUCAUUCACAAAAUAUGAAGCAAAUUAUAAAAGCAGCAAGAUAUAAUGCAUCUUUUUUUUUUGUUCUUAGAAAAUCUGAACAAAGAAAAAACUUUUGCUUUAACAGAAGCUUGAUUAUUUAGAUGAUUUUUUGGGUGAUGUAAUUUCUUGUGAUGUAUCUAAAUUCACUAUUUUUGGCUCUGACAGACGUAAAAGGCUGUCAAAAUAUUGUUACUGACUGUAUGUUUCAAAGUUAGUAUUUGAAGACUGAGCAUUAAUAUCUGUAAGCUAUCUGGCUUCAUACCUAACAAAAAAAAAAAAAAAAAAAAAAUUGAGUUUGACCUGGUAAAUUGAUCACUAAAUGUGAUCACCAACUUCAAAA